UACCGGAAGUUUGUCGCGGCGGUUGAGCGAAAGGAGUUUGAAUAGUCCGGAACUCGGAGGCUUUCAAACAGCGGAACGGUUUAUUUGGAGGGUAUUUCGAUAUAAAAUCUUACUAAUGUAAUAUUUAAAGGACAAUUUUAAACAAACGCGUGCCAGGUCGUUAGUUUAUCAUUCCGGGUUGUCGUUCAUGUUGUUAUUAAUGAGAAUUUUGUUAAGGACAAUAAGAGUUUGAUUUGAAGUUACAUAUCCAGCUGUAAUGGUUCCUGAGCAUAGUGAUGGUAUGAUGGAAUUAGAUGCCUGAGCGCCUUCAUGGACGACUCGGACCAGGACUUCUCCUUCCUCUGCUCCAGACUCCUGAAGAGAGUUCGAAGGAAAGGUGGAGACUCGGGGGAUGAGAAGAAAAUCACGAAGGAUGAAGGCGAGGACUCGGGAGCUCGAGUCCAAAGCAGGAGCAAAGCACCGUGUAAAAGAAAGAGAGAGAAGAAGGGAGGAGUUCAAGGAAAAUUACACACAGCAUCUAUAGAGAUGGAUGUUCAGAAGCGGUACUCGGGGGAGGAGGAGAGCAAAAGAUUUGGCUCCAAAGUGGAGCAGAAGGUGAGCGUGAAGGAGAAGGUGCUCAGCAGGAUGCAGCGGUUUAAGAGAGCGACUCCACCUCGCCUCGUGCACACCGAGGAGGAAGCAACCGCUGAAUCUGCUGCCGCACGACCUGACGAGAUACGAUCGCCUCCAACACGAGAUGUAUUAGGGCCUGAUGAGCAACAAGGAAACGACCAGGUCAUGGCUGAGCGGUUGCAGCAGGAGUUAAACCGUGAGACCGAGAGCCCAGCGGUGGUGGAUGUGGAAGACGGAGGACUGUUCUUCUGCCAGCUCUGCUACAAAGACCUGUCGGCGAUGAGCCACCAGCUGCGUACUCAGCACAUCAACCGGUGUCUUGAUGAGCGUGAGAGCAGCACCUCAAGGAUUCCAGCUCCUCCUCCUCGUGCAGCGUCUCGUCCACGCGUUCCCGAGUGCCCUAUUUGUGGGCGGGGCUUUAAGUCAGAAAAGACCCGCUCCACACAUUUAAAGCGAUGCUCGGCGAGCAUGGGUGUGUCUCCGGCUCAACUGCUCCAAGCCCUGCACAAGCAGGCUGCUGAAUUGGAGAACGGGCAGCGGGCAGGUGGCAGCAGCGACACUUCGGAUUCCAGCAUGCCCGCGAGGAAGAAACCUCGGAAAAAAACGCCGCGCAUGGACGAGGACACGAUGGUGGCUCUGGCGCUCUCUCGCUCUCUGCUGGAGCAGGAGAAGGAACGAGAAAGAGACCGGGAGGACGAGAGACUUUUACAGGCGCGGCUCUCGAGCGUGACGUCGGUCCCACCUCCUGUGGUACAGCUCGGAGCUGGAGCAGGUCGCACCCGAGGAAAGAGGAGGAAAGGUGCUCCUCCUCCCCUCCUGCUGGUCCAGGAUCCUCAGGCUGCCCAAACCCGGAUCCAGGAGCGAGUCUCCUCGUUGCUCCUCGUCCCCAGACCUCCGACUCCUCCCACGCCGACCCUAAUGCCGUCCGCGCUCUCCACACACACCCUCCUCUGGCUCAAGAGCGCGCUGUCCGGAGGAGGACCCGCCUCGCUGUGCGAGUUUUACACCGCAGAGCUCGGGGCUUUCGUCCAGCCUUGGAUCGGAGCCGAGAAAGAAAAAUCUCCAUCGCCUCCGGUUAAUUGGGAAUCUGCGGCAGCCUCGGAGGAACGGAGUCUAGCCGAGCCGGGUCCAUGUUGCCGCUCUAACUCGAGUCUGGGAAUGCCUGGGACACAGGCCCUGACCGACCUGGUGGAUCUGGCGGAGGAGGGCAUGACGCUCACUCAGGAUACAUACCCCGAUAUCGCUCCUGCUGCGGUCGAACCUCCUCUCAGUGGAUUUGUUCCUGAACCUACAGAGAUCCCUAGAGCUCCUAAAAACCCGACAAAUGUGUCCAGGCUGUGUUCUGAUCUGGGUAGCAUGGUGAACAACCCUCAGCUCAGUGACGUGCAGAUGCAGGUGGACAACGGCGACGUCUACUGCGCUCACUCCUUCAUGCUCUACACACGCUGCCCUCUGCUGGCUAACAUGGUCCACGAUGCAGGUUUUGGAGUGCAGGAGGAAGGCUUUCCCCGAGCUCAGAGAGUUUUGUUGAAUGACGUGUCUGGAGAAGCGGUGUACGCCCUGCUGCAGUACCUCUACACUGCUGUUUGCACCUUGACACACACCCUGAUACCUGAUUUGCUCCAGCUAGCCAGCAGGUUUGGUCUGUCUGAGCUGCAGCAUAUGUGUGAGCAGUAUGCUGCAAAUCCAACAGAGGAUCAUAGAGAGCAACAAUCGGAAGCCUCCCCCGGUCCUGAGCCUGUAGCUGAGCCUCCGGCCGAUAUCGAGUUCCUGGAGCUCCUGCGCUCCAUGUGGGAGGACGAUGGGGAACGUGGGGAAGCAGAGAGCGGGACGGAGGGCGAGGACAAAGAAAGGAGCAGAGACAGCGAGAUUAAAGAAGACGUCGUCAACGAGGACGAGCUGAAUGAGAUUUACGAGUUUGCAGCAACGCAGAGGAAGAUGGCAGGUGAAGCAGAGGCGAGCACUGAGAGUGGCGAGGAAGAGGAAGAGCAGGGGGCGAAUAACUACUCUGAUGCAGGAAAGAAAGAUGAUGGAAAGCAAGGUGUCCAAAUGGAUGAGGCGACUGACAUGCAGCAGAGCGUUGAUGUUGAUUUGAGCUCUGGGUCUAAUAAAACCGUGCGCCAAAGCAGAGGUCCAGAUGCAACUUUAGACCGGAGUUACAACCGUCUGUUCUCCGAGUCUUGGGGAGAGUAUAUGGAGCCACACACUCAGCGUCUAGACCGUAAGAAGACGCCAACCUCGCAGCGCAUAUCUUCGGUCAGCGAAGUGAUCGAUCUGUCCGUUAGUCCCCCAGUGGAAUCUGAAGAACCAGCCAGGUCGCUGUUUCCUGUGACUGGCGUGUCUCCGGGUGAGACUCCAUACCAGAGCGAAACCGUUCAACCGGCUGUGCCUCGGGAGAGUUUGAAUGCUGGCGGUGUCCCGCAGAUUACCUCAGAUCGCUCGAACCUCUGCUCUAAACAUCCCACAACUUCAGCCAAACUCUCCCCUCCUACAUCCCAACCUGAGCUAAUCGUUCUCUCCGACUCCAGCGAUGACCUGGAUCACGAUUUUCCUGAUGAAGUUCCUUCACCCGAACACUCUCCCAGACUAUCGGCACCUUUAUCGCGACUCCACGAUUCUCGCUACACUCAUAUAAAAGCUAAAGAAACCACUCAGGUUGGACUCUCUCCCAAAAAAUGUAACGUGAGCCCCGAUUUUGUGCUUUCAGAACCUUCUAGAUCUGACCAACCAGGCAGCGAGAACAUGUUGGACGGCUCUGCGGAGGUUUCGUGGUUAAUACCGGCGACUCCGGAACCUUCAACCCGCAACAGCUCGACGCAAACCUCUAGUGGCAUGCGUCGCAUUGAGCUCUUCCCCAGAUCUCACUCUUCGUCCUCCUCUGCCAACCCCAAAACUGCCUCAUGCUCAAACCCCCUCAAACUACCUCAUAUAGAACAACCGUCUCCAGCCUUCCAGAGUCUCAUAUCUUAUACUAGAUUGUCCUCACAUGGUGACUACGUAAAUCCUUUACAUAAUUCUGCUUCCAAGCCCUGCAGCAGCACUCCUCUGCACUCAGACCCUCGUCUACAGCAUCUCGACUCUCUGGGAUCUCCCUUACUGAGAGAGAGCGGGGUGAGAAAUAAAAGAGAAGCCGAGGGCCGACUUGGCUCCCUGCAUUUGAGCCCAUCCGAGAACUCGCCAUCUCCACGCCUGAGUUCUCUGUCAGACAAAGAAUCGAGCAAGUCCCUGCACCCUGGAGAUCCUGGCGAUCUGGAGGUGCGCAGUGAAGAAAACGUGGCGGUGGAAACGAGCGCAAACGGAGAUGACGUGAGAGAGAAGGUCUCUCGUUUGUCUUCGACGAACCGCCCAUUCCGUUCGAUGACUCUUGGGGUCUGGGGGGAGCGGUUGUUGAGCAGAGGCCGUGCUUCAGCCAGGCUGGAGAGCAGUGAAGACCAAACCAGUCCCCCAGAGCAAAGUUCAGAGCACACCUUCUCUCCACCUGGACAUGGGGCUCGACAAAACCAUGGAGACCAUGAAGCUCCACAUGACCCAAACUUGCCCGAUGCAGCGAUGUGGGAUAGCUGGAGCGAAGCGAACGAUGAUGGGAGUCAGAGACUGGGUGCAGUGGCUCUUGCCAAGAGAGUGUCUCAGUUAAGAACGCCAGUGGUCUGCAAGAAGAAGAAAAAUCAAGCCCCACUGGUGCCCAUCACCCCCAUGCCAAGCUUUUCUGACAUGAACACUCCUGAACUUAAGAACAGACUGAACAGCUAUGGCGUGCGCCCCCUUCCUAAGAAGCAGAUGGUGCUGAAGCUGAAAGAGAUCCACCAGUACACCCACCAGCUGAUGAGCUCCGGCUCCGAGGAGGAGACUUCACCCCGAAACCGGCCCAAAGCAGCUCCUGCCAACUUCAAACACCCCACAGCGCCCCCUCUUGUCUCACCUAAGAAAUUGCAGUUUGGAGAGGGUGAGGAGGAGCAGGACGACUUACCUGCGUCUCAGGACUCCAGCACAUCCUCCACGGCCGAGUCAGAAAGAUCCAACCCGGAGCUGUGCGACUCCGACGAUGACGGAUCGGACAGUGAGGGGGUCACGGCGUCUCAGGCAGCUGUCCGUGAGAAGGACAAUCUCCAAGCCGUGCGCUCCUACAUCCUGUCCGACCCGUCGCUGUACGGCCGUGUGCUGCAGUACCAACCGCUCUCUCUGUCCGAGCUGAAGGCAGGGCUCCGGUCAGCGGGUAUCAGGCUGGGCACGGCCAAGCUGUUGGACUUCCUGGAUUCCCAGUGCAUCACUUUCACAACGGCAAAGCAAGGUCAUCGGGUGCCUUCGCGCAGGCGAGGAGCAGGUAGGGGGAGGAAAAGACUAGCUAAGGCAGUAUGAGAAGUAUUAUAGGAGAGCCCUCUGGACAAGCUGCAUGAGAGGGACAAAUGAACAACCUUCCAGGUAAGCUGCACAAGAGGGACUGCUGUAUAAGGUGCUUCAUGAGAGUUCUCAGGGUUUUUAUUCAUGUGUUGCGUUAUGUUCCAUUGAGUGUUACGUUCCAAAAACUAUAUUUAAGAAAUUAAAAGAAAAACGUCUAAACGUU